ACUGGAGCGCCCACCUCUGUGACCGUGCUCAGGGGAGGAAGUUGGUUAGUGGGUGCAAGAUGCCUCGAGGCUGCGUUUGCUGCUGUUGCCACCUGAAACUGCCCCUUCUCGCCCCCCUCCAGUCGCCCUCUUGCGUCUCCUGUUCCCGUUUAGAGUUGGAUUUUAAUGCGUGUUUGGUUAAUAGCGGUGCCCCCUAGCACUCCACAAAGUAGCAGGAAUUUCAGCUCUGACUCCAGUUGAGGACUUGCAUAGCGCCUAGUGCUAUUCUCAGCGUCUUUGUUGUCCUUGUAUCUUGAAUUCCUCCUGCGGUCUGGGAUUGGUUUGAUGUUUCUCCCCAUUGUACAGCCCGGGCUGUGGAGAGUCCGUGUAAAAGGUGCUGUUGUAUCUCGUCCAAGGACAGAUGGCUGGGCAGGUGGUGGGGAUUUCUCUUCCGCCAAGGCCACCCAUCCUGUUGGAUGUGGACCUCAUCCUCGUGACUUCCUGUCUUUCCCCAGUUGUAUUGAGGCCCGCUGUCCCUGCGGGGCUCGCGACCCCAUGGAGGGCCCGUGUCCCCAGCCCGUGAAGCAGGAAGGCCAGGCUGCCGAGGGCCUGGCCCUGGACUCACCGUGGCACCGCUUCCGCCACUUCCACCUGGGAGACGCGCCGGGCCCCCGCGAGGCGCUGGGCCUGCUGCGAGCGCUGUGCCGGGACUGGCUGCGGCCCGAGGUGCACACCAAGGAGCAGAUGCUGGAGCUGCUGGUGCUGGAGCAGUUCCUGAGCGCCCUGCCCGCGGACAUCCAGGCCUGGGUGUGCAGCCGCCGGCCCCAGAGCGGGGAGGACGCCGUGGCCCUGCUGGAGGAGCUCUGGGGACCAGCAAUGAGGGCACCUCAGGAUGUGACGGAAGGCUCUGGGGUGGCUGUCGGAAAGGAAGAUGGUGUGAUGAUGCCUUUAGGAGAUGCGGUCCCCGGGGCUGAGGUGCUGGCGACGGGGGACCCCCAGGCCGCGCGCCCCUACAAGCAGGAGCCCGGCAGCCCUCCGCCGGCCCCGGCGGCCCCACCUGCGCCCGGCCCGCCCGCCUUGCCGGCGGCCCCGGGCACCGCCUCCUGCCCCGAGUGCGGCAAGGCCGCCCUGAAGCCUGCGCACCUGCUGCGCCACCGGCAGAGCCACUCGGGCGAGAAGCCGCACGCCUGCCCCGAGUGCGGCAAGGCCUUCCGGCGCAAGGAGCACCUGCGGCGCCACCGCGGCACGCACCCCGGCGGCCCGGGGCCGGCCCUGCGCCCGCUGCCCGCGCGCGAGAAGCCGCACGCCUGCUGCGAGUGCGGCAAGACGUUCUACUGGCGCGAGCACCUGGUGCGCCACCGCAAGACGCACUCGGGGGCGCGGCCGUUCGCCUGCUGGCAGUGCGGCAAGGGCUUCGGGCGCCGCGAGCACGUGCUGCGCCACCAGCGCAUCCACGGCCGGGCGGCGGGCGGCGCGGGGGCGGCGGCGGGCCCGGGGGGCGGGGGCGGGGGCGCGUUCCCGGCCUGGCCCCUGGGGUAGCGCCCGCCUUUCUGCCCUCGGUGCUGCCCGGGCCCGCAGCCCCCCUCCGGUGCCUGCGCCGGCUCCUCCGCCGGCCCGGGCUCUCACGUUGUCCUUUUGCUCUUUCUGUCCCCUCCCCACGUUCGUGUUCCGGCUUCAAAGCCCUCCCAGCCCCUCCCACCCUACUCGGUGUGCGCCCACAGGCCCCGCCUCCCCUUCUCUCCGCACCUGCCUCCCGCCCUGGCGGGAAGGACGCCCGAGGCCCAGGAGCCCAGAAGUGGAGCCUGGAUCCGGAGGAGGGCCGAAGGAGGGACACCCCUCCCCGUCUGGGGGAUGUGGGGGAGAGGACGGGAAGGGGCCAGUGGUUCCCACAGGACGGUCGGGCUCUGCUAGUUGGCUCCUUGGCCUUGCUCCUCUCUGCGGCCGGUGGCGUGUGAUGGACAGAUGGCUGCUCCUGGGAGGCGCCGCGGAGACAAUUCAGCAUAUGGAGAGUAAUAAAGUCAUUGAGUUGUGCA